AUGCUCCUCACCUUCCUCGGCCUCUUAACCCGCAUCGGCGUCUUCAUCUCCUCGAUCAUAACCAUCGGCCUCAACGCGCGCUUCUACACAAACAACGCCUGGAGCGACGACCUGAUCAUCUACAUCAUCGCGAUCUCAUCCUUUGGCGCCGUAGCCUGCCUCGUCCCGCCGUAUCCGAAUUUCCUCUGGGAUCUGUUUUGGGCGCUGGGGGCGCUGCUUGCGGCGGUUUUUGCGUUGGUUGUGCAGUUUGCCGAAUCCGACUGCUAUGGAUUCCGCCCAGACAACGAUGUGAGCUGCUCGACGUACAAGGCCGGGACGGCGUUUACGUUCCUGGCUGCGUUGGCGUGGUUCGCGAGUGGGUUUUUCGGCGGCCUCCGUAUUCUCGGCGUUGUGUUUAAUAUUGGACAAUAUGCUUCUCGUCCGCUCUACAUCCAAGGUGCAGAAGACGAAAAGGAAGCGCAAGCCGACAGUGGCGAGAAACAAGAGCCCAAGAAGAAGAAGAAGAUCAAGUAUAUCUCCCCUCUGUGUACGGCAAGACAGGCGUUAAUCACUAUCUCUGGCAGGGGCUUCGGAAACUCACACAUUGCUCGGUACUUUGUCUGCUAUGGUCUUCUCGGCAUCGUGCUUAUCGCAGCUGGUCUUCCACUUCUCCUCCUCUACGCAGCCCCCGCCUUCGCCGUGUACCUCCUCGACCGCGUCCCCAUCCCCAACGUCCAAGUCAACCUGCUGAACCCCACAAACGACAGCAUCGAGUUCUCCGUGCUCAGCGACAUCCGGGUCCCCGACGCCGUCACCGUCAACUUCGACUCGAUGCGCGCGCAAUUCUUCCGCCCCGAGACGCGCCGCGACCCGAUCCCCAUCGCGACGGUCGAUCUGCCGAAGCUCAAGUUCUCCGCGAAUGAAAAGGUCACCCUGGUGAAUCAGACGAUGAAAUUGGGCGACAUUGAGCAGUUUGCGUUGCUGGUUGAGGAUGUCGCGUAUAACCCGCGCUUUAGUGUGGCGGGGCAGGCGAAGACCAAGGUUGGGGUUGCCGGGUUGAGUACGACGGUGGAUUUGAUGAAGGUUGUUAGUUUGCCCGGCUUCGACAACUUCCCCAACAUCUGGGUCAACGAGAUCGGCGUCAUGCCCCCAGACGAGCAGGGCAAUAACGUCUACGGCGAGGUCGUCGUGUUCAAUCCCGCCCCAGCAACCGUAACCCUCGUACGCCCCUCCUGCCUCUCCCACCCUCCCCAUCCCCAUCAUCCCACCCAAGACCUACUACUAACCAGCGCACAGGGCGAAGUCACCCUCGCGGUGAUAAUCGCAAACAUAACCCUGGGCCAAGCCACCGUGGCCGUCGACAACAUCGUCCCGGGAAACAACACGUUCGUCGUGCGCGCGCGCCUGAACACCGCGGACGUCGAAUCCAACAUUGACGCCAUCAUCCAGUCUGAGAUCCCGUAUCUCCGCGACGGGAACGUCAUGGCCUCCGCCCGGGGCGUGUCCGUCAUCUACCGCGGCCAGCACCUGCAGUACUGGGAGGAGGCCUUUCAAUCGAUCCAGGUUAGUGCAACCAGGCCGGUUAAGGAAUUGCUGGGCAUGGUUGUGGAUAGUGGGAUUAGUUUUAUACUCGGCGGGAUUGAACCUGGUGAGGGGCUGAAGGAGUUUGUGUAUAAUCUGGUUGAUCAGAUUCUGGAGACGGUGAGGGCUUUGCCCGAGGAUGGGGUCGACGGGUAUACGGAGGAUCUGGCGGCGUUGGCGAGGUUGGUGCUGAGGCUGUUGACGUUUUUGGGGAUCUUAUAG